AUGAUAACCGACACUUCCUUCGAGCCCUUCGAGAAAAUUUCCAUCGAUACCGUAGGGCCACUUCCUAUGACCAGAAGUGGAAAUGUCCAUAUCCUGACAAUCCAGGAUAACUUUUCGAAAGCCGUAACCGCGAGCCCAAUACCCGAUAUCCGAUCGACAACGGUGGCUGAAGCCCUUGUUGAUCGAUAUAUGUGUUAUUAUAGGUGUCCAAGAGUCAUCCUCUCAGACAAAGGUACGUCAUUUACCUCGAAAAUAAUACAACAGCUUGCAAAAGCUUCAAAAAUACAAAGAUUAACGACUUCGGGUUACUACCCCCAGUCAAACGGAUCCUUAGAAAGGAGCCAUCAACCACUAAUAGACGUUUCAAGAGUAAUUUCAGAUAAGUACCCGAACUGGGAUCGAUAUGUAAGUCUUGCUGCGUUGAGUUAUAAUACCAAUGUUCACACUUCUACCAAAUUCACUUCAUUAGAGUUGAUGUUUGGUCGAAGAGUUCGGUUGCCAACCCAAUUCCUCGAUUAUUCUAUAAUCGAAACUUAUUCUGAUUAUCUCGCUGACCUUAUGAGAAGAUUGUCAGAAGUUAGAGAAAUCGCUGCUGAUUGUCUUAAUAAAGCUAAAAUUCGCUUGGAACAGCUUAUCGAGGAAACAGAAUUUGAAACUCUGCCACUUGACCGUAACCAACGAGCUCCGUGGUUCGGAUUUGUGGGCACAAACUCUCGAGAACUGUUUGGAACCAUGGAUUAUGAAGACAAAGAACAUAUCAACAAGGAAAUCAACAAAUUAUACUAA